GGUGUGUUUAGUUUUGGAGUGAGGGUUCAGUUUCCACGGAUUCGAUGUCUCUCAUGUCCUCUCCUAAUGUCUGUUCACUCACAACUGGUGGAAAUCUCUGCCGGAGUAAACAUUCCACCAAGAGUACUUCNUAUGCAAGUUUUAUUGCCCCUAAAGCUUCAAUAAACCAAAGGAAAAUUCAAACAGAAUAUAAGCUUUCAAGGUUGCAACAACCAUGUAUCAACAAUGAGUUCAAAAGUGUUGAAGGAGGGUUUAUAUAUAAAGAAAACUAUAAGAAAUAUAUUCCUAAAGCAACCGCUAAAGAGUCUUUUCCCUCUGAACCUCGUCUUAAUCAACCAAAAAAUGUUGUUGCCUCUGUUAAACAUUUCUUUGUUACAUUAUACUGGUUUUGCUAUCCCUACACACUGUUUGCUCGAACAUUAAGCACGAUUUCUGCAGCUCUCCUAGCAGUGGAUAGACUAUCAGAUAUAUCUCCCUUAUUUUUUAUUGGUAUAUUACAGAUUCUGCUAACUUUCACGCUUUUUGAUGUUUAUGCUAAUGGCGUGAAUCAAUUGUAUGACCUUGAAAUUGACAAGAUAAACAAGCCAUUUCUUCCAUUGCCAUCUGGGGCAUUUUCCUUUAAAACUGGGGUCAUUGUUACUGCGUCAUCUGCAAUCCUGGGUUUCUUUACCAGCUAUUUGAUAGGUUCAUGGCCAUUAUUUUGGGGUCUUCUAUCUUUCUUUUUGGUCUUGAGUGGUUAUUCAAUCAAGGGUCCCCUGUUGAGAUGGAAGAAAAAUCCAGUGCUUGCGGCAAUCUGCGUCUUUUCUAUUAUGACUCUUAUAAUGCCCCUUUCAGUUUUCUAUCACAUGAAGACUUUUGUGUUGAAGAGAGCAGCCGUGUUUCCGAAGUCGCUGAUGUUUUCUGUUGCAUUCAUAAGCAUAUACUCAUUAGGUAUAGCACUUUUCAAGGAUAUACCAGAUAUCGAAGGAGAUAAAGCAUUUGGCAUCGAAUCUUUUUCAACACGUUUAGGUCAAAAGCGGGUAUUCUGGAUAUGUGUUUCCAUUUUGGAAUCGGCUUUUGGAGUUGCCUUUCUCGCAGGAUUAUCAUCUCCUUUCCUUUGGGUUAAAAUUGUCACGGGUCUUGGAAAUGCAGUUCUUGGUUCAAUUCUCUGGUACCGGGCCAAAUUUGUAAAUCUUAAUGACAGAGGUUCCAUUAGUUCCUACUAUAUGCUGAUUUGGAAGCUAUUGAACGUAGCGUACAUACUCCUUCCUUUAAUUAGAUAAGGAUUGAUGAAGGAUAAAUCAAAAUAUAGCACGUGGAACAAAAUAAACGAGAUUUGUUUUGCUUCUAAAGUUUAUUAAAAUAGUCAAAAGGGUGUAGAUAUGUUAUUUUUAUAUUAUAUUUGUUGUAUCAGUAAAUGAUUAUUUUAUUUGAUGUUAAAAACUAAUCUAUAUUAUCAAAUAUUGUAGUAAUAAAUAAAAGUUAAUUGUUAUACUUUGUGAGAA